CCAUUUAAAUAUUAUUUGAGCAGUUUUGAUCUUUUAAGUUUGUAAAAGUGUUUAUUUUAGUCUAUGACCUAUAUUUGCCAAUUUCUUAUUGCCAAAAUUUUGAUGUGCAAUUUCUAUUAUUUUUUACCCCCUUUUUUUUUUUCUUUUGUCUGUACAACUUAUUAUGUUGCGAAUUUUGGGUUUUUGUUGGAAUUUCUGAUGUUUCUAGUUAGAUUUUUUUUUUUUCUCACUAUACCGAUUAAGUUUAAUAAUCAUAAUUUGAUAAAUAGCAGAAAGAGAUUGAAAGCGUUCACUUCUAGCAUACUUAAAGUGUUCAAAUGAUAGUUAUAAGACUUUUUUGAACCUACAAAGAUAGGUAUCAUUUUGUCAUACUCGGGAAUUCGCUUUCACAAAUAGAGUACAGAAUCACUCCAUUCAAUAAUCAUUGAUACAUUUCGGCCCUAAAGAAUGGCGCAGGAAUGCAAAGAUUUGCCUGAAGAAUGUUGGGAAGUGAUAAUCAAUCGUAUCCAUCGCCAAUCUGACUUGGAAUCAGUUUCUUUGGUAUGCAAACAGUUUCUUGCUAUCACCAACCGUAUACGCCUCCAGUUGUCUUUAAUACACUACGAUACCCUAUCUAAACUCAUUCACCGAUUUCCCAAUCUUACUUCCAUUAAUCUUAGUGAUUUCGGACGUGAUCUUAGUGAUUUCCACGGUGAUCUUGAUUUUAUUCUUUUUGACCUUGCCAAUUGUGUUUCCAAUCUACGACAACUUGAUAUCUCGAAUCACCAUAAAUUACCCGUUGUGGGAUUGAAGGAAUUAAAGGGUUUGAGGGUUUUGAAAUGUAGUAGUCUCACUUUUUUACGUGACACUGAUUUGUAUGUAAUAGCUGAGUCGUUUCCGUUUUUGGAAGAGCUUGAUAUUAGCUAUCCAGGUUAUGCUGUGACUGAUUCUGGGAUUGAGGCUUCAUCCGUUCAUUUGAGGAAUUUGCGUAAGAUCAAUAUUUCUGGGAAUUAUGGUAUUACUGAUAGGUCCCUUGUUGCUCUUUCUAUGAAUUGUUUGAAUUUACAAGCCAUUCAGGUGGAGGACACUUCGGUAACUUUGGAAGGGAUCCUUUCUAUACAGCGUGCUUGUGCUUCUUUGAGUUGGAUUUCAGUGUCCAAGAUUCACAAUGGUUUAGGUUUGGCUACUUCCAGCCGAUCUUUACAAACACUUGAAGUUUCUGACUCGAUUGUUACGGAUGAAUUACUCUUCUUGUUGGCCACAGCUUCUCUCCCGUUAUCUAGGCUUUCACUUACUAAGUGUACAAAUUUCACAUUACGGGGUAUCUCUUUUCUUCUGUAUGAGUAUCGGACACUUAAGUGCUUAUCUCUGGUUAAUGUAAAAUUUUUGACUGAUGAGUCUAUGAAUGAUUUAUCUCAAUAUCUACAAAGUCUUGUUACCAUUGAUCUCGGGGGUUGUGUGAAAUUGACCAUUUAUACGUUCUUCACGCUUGCAAGAAAUUGCCCUUCAAUAGAAGAUGUUAACAUGGAAAAUACUAGUAUUGGGAUGAAAAGGGGUUGUUUUCCUUAUGGUGUGAAGAAACCAAGAAUCAGGUCUGUUUGUUUAGCAAAUAACCCCCACCUGAAUGAUGACUCUCUCACAAAAGUUGCUUUAUUAUGCCCCAACAUGGAGAGUCUUAAUGUGUACAGAUGCAGAAGUGUUAAAGAGGCAGGUAUUGCUUUUGCUCUUGUGGUGUGCAAUCAUAUCAGGAACUUGGGAUUUGGUAGAUGUCAAUUGAUUAAAAAUAUAGGAAGAGGCCCUGAACUGCCUAAUCUUGAGGUAAUCAAUGCAGCUGGUUCAGCAUUAAGUGAUGAAGGCCUGGCCAUGAUUGGGAGCAGAUGUUCUCGCCUAUUGAAGUUAAACUUGGAUAACUGUGAAGAAGUGACAGCAGAGGGCAUACAGGCAAUGGUACAAAAUUGUACGUCAUUGAGAGAGGUAAACUUGACGGAGGAGUGUCUUCGUUUUGUGAGAGCUUGAGGGGAUUUUCUUUGCACAGCGGAUGUCCAGUUUCAUUCAGCUAGUUUUUGUUGGGGUACCACAUACUUUGAAUGUUAUUCCUUUGAUUUCAACCAUUUUCCAUCUUCUCCCUUCUUUCUUGUCUGUCUUGUAAUAUGAGAACUCCAGACUUAUUUUUGUAUUACUGGAUCAAGAUUGAAAUGCUACGAUUACAUAGAAUAUGCAGUAUCCAUACACAUUUUUCACAGUAACAUACUGUGUGGAACCCGCGCCCUCUCCAGUUGGGUGCGUGUGUGAGCCUGACUAGUAACUAGAAUACUAAUAAAUUGCAGAAAUUUGGGGGA